GUCCACGGCAACCAACACUUUCGCGCAACCUCACCUACCCUUCAUAGGCUUCUAGGCUUCGUUCUGCUCGACCUCGGCACGUCCACAGCGCGUAGAGGUGCCGCGAUUCGAUCAUGGAGAUCCGGCGCAAGCCAUCCUAUGAGAGCGAUGUCGAAGACGACAUUGGGCUCUUGCAUGAUGAAGAGUCGCUCGGCAGCUCAGAGAGCGAGGGCUUGUCGGACGAGAAUGACUCCGGUACGGAGGACAACAACGAUCUCCGGAGGGCCGGUGCAGAAUACGAAGCCGCACUGAGAUCUACAGUGGUCGACAUUGUCUCUGCGCUAGGAGGAAUCGAGGAAGUCGUGACCGAGGACGGCGGUCUGGAGGAGAAGUAUGUGCUGGGAGAUGACUGCCUUCGCUGUCUGAGAGAUCUUCGAACCCUGUGGCGAGAGGACGAAGAGAAUGCAGAGAGGCUGGUACCGCGCGUGUAUGCCGAGAUCAAUGUCCUCCAGGGAGGCCUGCUGCCGCUGCUUCUCAAGACGGGCAACAUGGGUCAGAGGGGAACCAAAAUUGCCCUUGCCUGCGUCGACCUCAUCACCUCGCUCACUUGGCCAAUUGAUGCCCAGGCAGAGAUCCGAAAUGCAUUCGAAAGAGGCAACGAGUCUCUCGAUCUCGGCAUCUUGCGUUACCUCGAACAAGCCAUGGUCUUGUACAAGUCGGCCAUCAUUCACAGUCGGUCGCAAGAGUCGAAUGGCACCGACCGAGACGUACUGAGCACCAUCAUGCUUCACGUUCUCCUACCCUCGUUGAGCAAGCCGCGACACCUUCGCAGCGAGAGAGACACGGGGACCAUCAGCAUGUGUCUUCAUCUCUUUCGUAACCUCUUGGCCGUGCACGACCCGGCGUCUACCUCGCUGAGCAGUGCACAGGCAAUUGCAGACUCGAGGCUACAAAGCGAUCUCAUCGUCGCCAUGGACAAGGCCCACAUCCUCGAAACGCUCCUUACAAUUGCCAGUUCCGCCGACUCGAGGGACAUGGAGCCGUGGAACGCCAUCGUCGCCGAGUCUGUCUACCACAUCUUCAUUGGCAGCAGCCCUCGCGACCUCAUCACAGGAACGUACCGACAGACUCGGCCUGUCAACCCUGGCCAGAGAGAGCAGGUGCAGCAGGGAAAGAGCUGCGACGAUCUCGCUCUUGCUCUGACCAAGGAGGCGCGCCAACGCACAGCCCAAAUCCUCGAAAGUGGCACUUCUCGUCACUCCAGGUUCGGAACUUCGCUUUCCUUUGUUGAUCAAAAGGGGGAAAGGAAGUUCGCACGAAACCAAGCUUCUCUGCGCAAGACUGCCGCCGAGCUUGCUGAAGGAGUCAAGGAGCGACAAAAGAGGAAGUUUCGGAGGCGGCGGCUUGUACAGGAGCAAGGAGCACCGCGGGCGAAGAUUGGGUGGACACGCGAGGCGCAAACCAUCCUUCAGACGUGGGCGGAGAGAUUUGUCAAGCUGGGCUUCGAGAGCCUCACUCGAACGCUGCUGAUGGACAUCCGAUCGGAGCGAGCCAAGUUGGGCGACAUCGAUACAGCCCGCGUCAGGUUCAUGCAGCUGGCCGGCUUCUUCCUCGACUACUUUUUGAUCCAUCGCGAGGCGGCACCGGGAAGGAAAAAGGCGCCUUGCAAAGACGCGACGAAAGAAGUGAUGACCGACGUCACAGAAGCAGUCGACGGAGCCGAGGAGAAGCACGGCGAAGAAGACGAAGAUGAAUGGCCAUUUGCGCUCGUCGCAGGAUGGCUCGAUGACUGGGCCCUCAAAAUGGCCUGGCUCCGGUCAAUGGGCGCCUAUGAGAACAAAGACUGGCUCGAGUUCGUCGCCGCCAUUCAGCUCUGGACCGUUCUGUUUCGCCUUGUCGAUGGCCUCUCACGCAGUGAUCUGGAAUCGGAUCGAGAUCUAGCUGAAUCGCUCCAGACGAAUCACUACUAUGACGCUGCCUCGCUCGAUUCGGCCAAAACCAUCUUUCAAAGCUAUCGAAGCCAGAGCUUUGCUCUCUUGGACGCCGUCAUCGACUUUGCAAACGUCAUGCCCAAGAUGCUCGAGCGCUUCACCAGCAACAAAGAACACAUUUAUGUCAAGGCGAAAAGAAACGCUCGCAAGUCCAAGGCCAAAGCCAUUGAAGAUGGCGACGCCUACGACAUGGGCGAUGUCGAGGAGCAGGCCAAAAAGGCGGCCGAGGCCAGCUUCAAAGAGAGGAGAUUCGAGUUUGAAAAGUUCCAGAGCCAGCAGUUCUGCAGCAACAGCCUUGCAAAUGCCUGCAUUCUCUACCUGGGCUAUUGGGAGGAUUUUUCAAGGCCAGCAGAGCAGCUGGCGAGCGUCGUCAACAUCAUGCAUCGCAUGACCGUCAAGGCUUCGGAAUUGCGGCUCUUUUUUCCCUACGAGCGACGAAAUGCACUCACCAAGCUCGUCAAGGGCUCUCUCGUGCCAAGCUUGCAGACCGUGGCACCAGCAGCGGUUCAGGAUCUGUGCAAGCUCGUCGACUACAUCAAGCGCAAAUUCGCAAAGCUCUCGCCCGAUGAGCAGCAGCGUUGGGCUGAGGGCCAAAAGGCGCCACGACCGACGAAGCCAUUCAAGAUGCCGGCCGAGAUCAAGGUGGACCCAAGCAGAGGACAUUUGGACGACAUUGGCAUUGCUGUGGCUCUGCUCAUCGAGAAGCAGAGGCUUCGCUGCGUGAUGUGGGUCAAGGAAGGCCUCGAAAAUGCGGCAAGAGAGCGCCAGAGCAUCGUAGACGAGGUUCGAGAAGAGGACGGGCUGGACGGUGAAGAUGAUGGCGACGAAAUUCCCACUCGCGCUCAAGAAAAGUUCAGCGAUUACGUGCUCCCGUAUAAUGACGACGAGCAAAUGCGCGAGGACGCCUCGCACUUGCCUCAGCUCAAGCUUCUGUGUCGGCUCGUUGGGAUGAAGAGCAACGAGGAGGACGACCACGACUGGACGUGGGUCUUGCCAUCAAGCACGGACCCAGACGAGCUGGCGAGGGAAGCUCGAUACGUGGAGGACUUUAUCCGCACGCCCUUUGAGACGGGCGGACAGCCGCUUGAGUCAUUCGUCAAGCGCGCCAGACAGGAGGUCCGACGGACCAUGGUAAUCUACAACGAGGAUGGCGAAGAAGAAGAAAUCGUCGAGAAGUCGAGUCGUAAGAGGAACAAGGGUGGAGGAGGCGCGGGCAGGAAGAACGUCGCACCCAGGAGCACAUGGGUUGAAGACGACUUUAUUGAGGACAGUGACGAGGAAAUGGAGCAGGUCGCAAGGCUCAUUGAGCAGCAGCAGAAGGGCCGAGAGCAAGAUCUUGAUGGUGACUCAAAUGAUGAGGAAGGAGAAGAGAUGGCCGCAAAGUCGUCAUCGCAACCUCGACCGAAAUCUCGACCAAGACCGCAGAAGAGAGUCAGACGCGACUCACAUUCUGCAUCUUCAUCGUCUUCUUCGGCCUCUCGAUCGGAGUCGCCACCUGCACACCGUUCCCGUCGGAGGACAGACAGCGUCACGCCAGUCUCUUCGCCCCCACCUGCACGGCCCGUUAGUCAUCUGGCGCGGUACAAGGCCAUGCGCCGCCAGCGUGAGGCGCUGAAGCCACAAGUAAACGCCACCGAGACCCAGAAAGACCCUUCAGCACAGCCGCGAAAGGACGGCCUGUUCUUGGGCGAUGCCGACGACGAGCCAGACAGCGGUAGUGAAAAGGAAAACGAGCAAGAGCCCCGCGAUGCUCAGGCGAAGCGGUCAAAGAGCCUGUUCAUGGAAGACAACAGCGAGGAGGAAGGGGAGGAAGGUGCAGGCGAUGCAGAAACAACAUUGCUUGCCCUGGUCCACGGAUCAUCGCAAGGAAGUGUAUAAAUGAGGGUUGUUCUCUGUAUGUCACAAUGUCAAACUUCAUUAUUAAUAUAUCGAAACAUCAUCA